AUGUCUGAAAAAAUGGAUAUAAAAAAUUGGGAAGAUUUUCUUGAAAAAGCACAACCAGGAGAUAUGAUACAAUUUGUUCGAAGUGUUUAUAGUCAUUGGGCAAUUUAUAUUGGUGAUAAUGAAGUCAUUCAUCGAUGGGGUGAUAAUGAUGGUGUUGGACAAUCAAUUGGUAUAUGGGGAAAUAUAACAACUAUUUCUGGUGUACAAUUUAAUAAAGCUAAAAUAAUUAAAUCAAAUAUCUCUGAUGUAUUGAAAUAUGGUGGCAAAGUUUGUGUUAAUAAUUAUCUCGAUUCAACAUGGAAACCAUUACCUGUAGCAAUUAUUCUUGCAAAAGCUCAUAGUGUUACUGAUCAAGAAGGUUAUAAUGUAUUAUAUAGUAAUUGUGAACAUUUUGCUACUGAUUGUCGUUAUGGUCAAGCAAGUUCUCGUCAAGUACAAGUAGCAGUUGGAGGAUCAAUCGUAGCUGGAAUAUUCAUUGGAGUUGUACUUGCUGCUGGUGCUUACCUCAUAAGUGAUUCUUCAAAGAAUAAAGAAGAAGAAAAAAAUAAUGAGAAAGCAAUAAAAAAUAGAAUGACUAAACAUUGA